AUGUCAACCACAACCAGCGGCGCGGCGACGCCAAAGUCGACCGGUAGCACAGGCAGCGGCAAGAAGAAGAUGAGGAUCCUCAUGCUCCACGGCUUCACCCAAAGCGGUCCCUUGUUCGACAGCAAGACCAAGGCCCUGACAAAGUUCAUCACCAAGACGCUCUCGGCGCCCAAGGCAGCCGGCGGCCUCGGCGUAGAGCCAGUCUUCAUCUAUCCGACGGGCCCGCACCGGCUGCGGCCGCGGGACAUCCCCGGCUUCGUCCCGUCCUCCGAGAACGCCGACUCGGAUGACGACGACGACUCGUCCGACGCGUGGGCUUGGUUCCGCAAGAACGAAGUCAACGGGACGUACCGGGGCUUCGAGGCCGGGAUGCGCACCGUUGCCGAGGCCAUCCGGUCCUCGACCACCGGCAGUGAUGGACAAGACAUUGGUGGAGACGAGGACGACGACGCUGCCCGCAUCGACGGAGUCAUAGGCUUCUCUCAGGGCGCCUGCUUCGCCUCGCUCAUCGCCGCGGCCCUCGAGACAUCAUCAUCGUCAUCAUCAUCAUCGCCACCAAUCCGGCCGCCGCCAGACCCCGAAACCGUCCCGUCCCCCUCUGCCGAGACCCCCCUCGGCGAAAGGGCAGACUGGUCCUGGCUGCCCGCCCUCUGCGAGGCCAACAACUCGCACCCGCUCAAGUUCGCCGUCAUCUACAGCGGCUUCUACACGCCCGUCCCGGGGCUCCAGUGGCUGCUCGAGAACCCGCCCAUCCAGACGCCCACGGCCCACUUCAUCGGCAGCCUCGACACCGUCGUCGACGAGUCGCGCUCCCAAGCGCUCGUCGAGCGCUGCGCGGACGCAAAGGUCUUUGUGCACCCCGGUGGGCACUAUGUUCCCGUCGCCAAGCAAUGGAGCAUGGCGCUGGUCGGGUAUAUCAAGGAGGCAUAUGAGAAGGCGGAGAAGGGAAAGGGUGUGGCGGGCGAGGAUGAUGUCAAGGGGUAA